AUGGAGAUCACCGCAAUCGCAGAAGCACCAUCAGCAUGGUCACGGUUUGUAGGCCAAGCGCUCCCUAGCCUUGGGACUCACGGUGUGCAAUUGAGUUGCCAAAAGUUAGGGUGGAUGCAAAAUCCUACAAAUGCGCCAGUUGCUCCUUGCCAUGUGCCGAGGGGCCAUGCUAAUCACGAUGGAUUAGGAUCAGAUGUCGUUCCUUUCUCUCAAAUGCAACAAUCGCAUGAUUCGCACAAGUUUCUCGUGGACAACAGCGCCUCGCCGAAACCUUGCGGGACUAACUGA